UAGCGAGUAGCUCCCGUGUUGAGCUCCAGCUCGUUUCCUCUCUGCUCAGCGAGCAUCAAUCCUCUGGCUCCUGCGGGUGUGAGUGAACAUGGAGGAGCCGUGCUGUGCGUCCGGUGUGCGGCCGCUGAUGUCAACAGAGCUCUCCUCCUCCUCCACCUCCUUCUCCUCCUCCUCCUCCCAUCAGGUCUCCUCUCGUUAGCAUCCUCUCCGUCCAGCAGCAGUGAUGCACAGGGAGGGGGACGAGGCGCAGGACGACUGCGGCUCCCGGGAGGAGUGGACCCUGCUCUUCUGGACCUCGGUGGCCGUCAUCGUCCCGGUGGUCAUCACGCUGUGGUGCAGCACCCAGCGCUCCAAGCGGAGGACGCACAUGAAGGACUUCUUCCGCAAGAGCAAGCACGGCUGGCACUACACCGACCUGUUCACCAAGCCUACCUACUGCUGCGUCUGCUCCCAGCACAUCCUGCACGGGGCUUUCUGCGACUGCUGCGGCGUGUGCGCAGACGACCAGUGCCUGCGCAGGGCCGACCGCAGCCUGGCCUGCAAGGAGAUCAUGGGCCCGAGCAGCCCGGACGGAGCCAUGGAGCACCGCUGGGUCCGCGGGAACGUGCCCCUGGCGAGUUACUGCGCUGCGUGCAAGCAGCAGUGUGGAACCCAGCCGAAGCUCUGCGACUUCAGGUGUGUGUGGUGUCAGACCACGGUGCACGACGACUGCAUGGACAGCCUACCGGGGACCGACCUGUGUGACCUGGGCGAGUUUCACAGCCUCAUCAUCCCUCCUCACUACCUCCUCUGUGUCAACAAACUCCGCCGCAGGCAACCCGAGGAGUACAGCAAGCUGGCGUCUUCCUGCGGCAGUGGCUGGACUCCAGUGUUGGUCUUGGCUAACACGCGCAGCGGUAACAACAUGGGGGAAGCUCUGCUGGGAGAGUUUCGCUCCAUCCUUAACCCAGUGCAGGUGUUUGACCUUUCUGAGCUGGCUCCCUCUAAAGCCCUCCAGUUGUGCACCCUCCUGCCCCCCGGCAGCGUCCGGGUGCUGGUGUGUGGAGGUGAUGGCACGGUGGGCUGGGUGCUGGACGCCAUCGAUACCAUGAAGCUAAAGGGCCAAGACCAGUUUGUCCCAAGGGUGACCAUCCUGCCCCUGGGGACAGGAAAUGACCUUUCCAACACUCUGGGCUGGGGCGCUGGGUAUGCUGGGGAGAUUCCUGUGGAGCAGGUUCUCCGUAACAUCCUUGAUGCGGAGGUGGUCAAAAUGGACAGAUGGAAAGUGCAGGUGGCUUCAAAAGUCCUCUACUUCCGUAAACCAAAGGUUCUGUCCAUGAACAACUACUUCUCUGUGGGGCCCGACGCUCUGAUGGCUCUGAACUUUCACACACACCGGGAGAAAACACCGUCCUUCUUCUCCAGCCGCAUCAUCAACAAGGCCGUGUAUUUCAUGUAUGGCACCAAAGAUUGUUUAGUGCAGGAAUGUAAGGAUCUGGAUAAGAGGAUUGAGUUGGAGCUGGAUGGAGAGAGGGUGGCGCUGCCCAGUCUGGAGGGCAUCAUAGUGUGUAACAUCGGCUACUGGGGUGGAGGCUGCAGACUCUGGGAGGGUAUGGGGGAUGAACCCUGCCCACCCACAAGAUUGGAUGAUGGCCUGCUGGAGGUGGUGGGUGUGUUUGGCUCCUUCCACUGUGCUCAGAUCCAGGUCAAGCUGGCCAACCCUGUGCGGCUUGGACAAGCCCACACUGUCAGGCUGGUUCUCAAGAGCUCCAAGAUGCCCAUGCAGGUGGAUGGAGAGCCUUGGGCCCAGGGCCCCUGCACCAUCACCAUCACCCAUAAGACCCAGGCCCUCAUGCUGUAUCACAGCAGCGAGCAGACGGACGAUGACGACGAAUCCAGCUCCUCCGAGACAGAGAGCCCCACCCCUCACGACUCGCCCCGGCCUACAGGGCCAGCCUCCACUCGUGCAUGACCCACACCAAACCUCACGUGAUCUGAAGCUCUUCUUAUCUUAAGUUUUUGUCUUCUGUCUUAAACCCAGUUUCUAUUAAUCCCUCUUCUCCAAGGGCACUUGAUUGACCCCCUCUAUGAUCUUUGAAAAAAGCUUUAUCCUCGAAUCAUGUCAAUGAGAAUAUAUGUUGUAAGUUUCCUGUGUCGUCAUUUCCAAUCUUUUCAGAGAGAUUGCAGGUUGUAGAAAGAUUUCUUUGUAAGUGGGCUGAUGCAAGUUAUUCUUCAGUUCCAUCCACACUCCACUUGUCCUGUAACCCAGAGCUCAGGCAGUUCCUCUCCACAGGGGCAGUCAGUAGGAGGGGAAUGUUACAGAGAAAGAUUGCCAUUUAUUUGCACUGAUCCCUUCUGCCAUAGAUAUGUAUAGUCAGCUAUACUCUAUUUAUUAUACUGUAUUUACCAUUGAAUGCCCAGUGCAGUACUGCAGGUAUCAGUAAGCCAUUUUUAACAACUUAUCCAGGUUGAAUUGACAAAUUCCCCCCAAAGCCAUGUCUAAUUCAUCAUCAGCUGGUGGUAAUAUAGGAGUAAGGAGCACUGUUAUGGGGAGGAUUUGCUGGAGGUAGCCUACAUGCAAGUUAUUGUACAUUAAUCAUAUUUUGUUACACAAAAAAAGCACAAACAACACAGUGUUCUAGUGGGUAAAACAUCCGGUAAUUCAACAGACAGUCAAUAUUUUUUAGUGUCUCCUGCAUUUGUCACCCUGGGUAAGGCUUUGAACUGUGUCUGCAGGAUAGAAAGUUUUUAAAUCUGGAGCAAUGGCUUUGUUCCACCUGUAAUGUGUCAAUCACUGGACAUCCAUCUUGGUUUGAUUACUUCAUGAUGGUCUGUCUCAAUUAGCUCUCACCAAACUGCUGGAUUACACUUCAGUCUUCAAACUAUAUCUCGCUUACCUGUAAGAGCCACAGCAAACAGGAUGACUUGUUGGGGUUUAUUUUGAAAGUAUUGCCAAGUAACUACUGUUCAGAGGAUCCUCUUUGCCUCCAUGUAAAAGCUUCUCCGCCUGUUGACAUACUGUAUUAUGUUUUUAUAUCUGACACUGAUAAAUACCUUACAUUGCUUAGAACGUAGGCACAUACAUGAAACCAUACUGCUGACCUUAUGUUUCUGCCGAUAGUGAUAACUGCUGAUGAGAUUAUGCUGUGUCAUGUUGUUUUACAUUAUUCAAGUCGCACUCUUGUAUUUCAUUAUUUGUGUUUUACCAAAUAGUCACCACAAGGUGGUGGAUUAUUUCAAAAAGGUAUAGAGAGGUGGAGUAGAGUUGAGUUUUAGAAUUAUUAUUACACUGUUUGUAGGGCUGCACAAUAUAUCUAAAAUUAGCAAUAUCAACAUGCGCGAUUUACGUAUUGCAAAAGACUUUAACUGCGAUAAAUGGUGUUGCAUGUGUUCAUGCUCGCACUUAGACUCAGCUGACGUCUAUGACUCCCUACAGUUUCAUCGUUGAUAUGUUUGAAAUGACCCACAAUAUCAAAAGUGAUCACCACAUAAAGAUCAAUACUUUCAUCGAUUCGGUUGGCUGUGUGCAGAGCGGAUGAUAGAGACACAGAGAGGAGCAGUAAAUUACUGACCGAGCCGAUAACAACUCUAAACAUGUAGGAAAAGACCCCAAAUGAUCCCUGUGAGGACUUCGUGGUGCUGUGCAUGGCUGUGGUCAGACUGUGCCCCCUCUACCUCGGGCUGUGGAGCUGUCAGAGGUCCCUGCAGCCGUAGCCAGGUGGAAUGGAAAUAAUGCUUUUAUUUCUUUCAGUGUCUGCAUAGGCUAUUUGCUGUAUGGGGUCUAUGUUAGCAGCGAACCCAAUGCAGAAAGUCUUUAACAUGCAUUUGUUUAUUUAUUGCAAGUAAUAUCGUCAUCGCAAUAUUCAACAACUUUGAAUCGCAUGUUUUACUAAUAUCGUGCAGCCCUACUUGUUUGUACUGUUCUGGGUUCUUCAUAUGACAUAGCUCUUCUUGUUAAGUUUUAUCGUUGCGUCUGUCCUGUAGUCCACAUAAUGUGUGGUUCGGUUUGUGAAACAGCCGUCCUGUAAGGAAAAUAUUUUUGCCAUUCAAGGCGAACCUGUUUUUUCCAGAUUGCCUGUUGCUCACAGCCAUAUGAGAAAUGUUUCAGUAUAAUUUUGGUUUGUGUUUCUCAAGAACCCUGAGCCAACCUGCUGCUCAUUUGGCUGAACAGGGAUCAGUUAUUAGCCGCGUGAUGCCUAUGCUUUUGGAAAUGCACCUCUUUAGCAGGUAACCAUGUCCUGGUGUCAUCACCCUCAGUUUGUUUGGUGAAUGUCGUCUCGCUCACAGACACCAGUUUGACCUCUUACCUGAUCAUCCAUGUUUACCAGACGUGCUUGUGAUGUGUUAUUUUGCUCCAAUGUAACUGGGGUUUAUUGUCAGUUUUUUAGCCACAUCCCCAGCAUGGCUCUAGCUGGACACACUUUUUUUUUGAGUGAAAUUUCGCAAUAACUGCAGGACCACGAGCGAGCACUAAAAUCUAUAGUUAAAUUCAAACAAUCUGGAUUUAAGCCGAUAGUGAUAACUGCUGAUGAGAUUAUGCUGUGUCAUGUUGUUUUACAUUAUUCAAGUCGCACUCUUGUAUUUCAUUAUUUGUGUUUUACCAAAUAGUCACCACAAGGUGGUGGAAAUCGAAUCCUUAUGAUUUUUCUUUUCAAACACUUCGGCUCACGAUACUUCAGAAAUGUAUCAGUCUCAGCUGUAGUGUGACACUGAUGCUAGAUAGCAUACUAACAAUGCUAAAUAUUAGCAAAGUACGUCCGUACUUUGCACAUGUCACAUGACACACGUGACAGCGACAUGCUAAUCGUCCAGCUUUCAGCUCAAUUCAGAGUUGGGCCUAAAUACUGUGGUUCAUAAAAUACAGUUUAAAAUUGUGGGUAUAAUUUGCUUUGAUUUUUGUGUAAUGUGAAAUGGGUUGUAAUGGUUAUUAACCUGGAUAGAAUUAUAGCUCACUUUAAAGUUUCCUUUAAAGCUUUAUUAUCCUUCCCACAAUUUAGCUGUUUUGUUUAAAUCUACUACUCUCAAUAAUCUUUGUUUCCAGCAGCAGCAGAGGCUGUUGUACGUAAAAACACUCUGAUACACCCGCUGUACACCCGUGCCUCAAACACAGAGUAGCUGGUCAGCGCCUGGCUUUGUGCAAGCUCAGUAGCUAAACAGCAAGGAGGUGGUGGAGACCAAAACAUAGUUAAAGUGUGGUGGAUGUUUGUUAGAUAUCCAGAAACCGGACAUACAAUCAUUGCCAAUACCACUGAUAGUGCACAUGCUCUUUGUUUGCUAACAUAUUUUCUUAUCACCUUUAAUGUGUGUGGAGCAGAAAGCCAAUAGAAAACAAAACCCCUGAUCAACACAGCGUUGAGCUGAUGAAAGAUGUGCAGAAAUGCAGAUGAUAACCCUUUGGAUUUAAGUAAUAACAUGGCCUUCUCUCUGGCACUGGCAGAAUUUAUUAGCAGCAUCAUCAACAGCACCAUCCAACAAUUGUGUUUUCUGAGUCAUAAUGAUACCAAGGGUUGCUGGUGUGGCUGAUAACUGUCUGUUUAAUAUUAUUUGUUAAAACUCAGUAAAACUGUCAUUGGGCUUCUGCAUUGAAAGUCAGUUGUUCCUCACAUGUUGCUUUGUUGUGCAUAGCGAAAUGUGUUAAUUAUUGUUUGUGUAUGAUUUAGGGGGAUCUAUUGGCGGAAAUGAAAUAUAUCAUUCAUAACUAUGUUUUCUGUAGUGUAAAAAUCCCCUGAAAGAAAGUGUUGCCUAUGCCCUCACCAAUAGAUGCCACUAAACCCUGCUCCAUGAACCUUUAAAUAUUUGAAUGUUUACUUUGUUACUGUCAAAUAUCUAAAAUAAGAGAAUCUACAGUCUGAUGAGAAUGUGUCAAACAUUUUAUGAUUUCAUGUUUUCCAUGACAAGGUCUUAAGAAGCUUGAUGUGGCCUCUACUAAACACAGAUGAAAAUCCAGAGACACUGUUUCUGGGAAAUGAGAAGCUUAAUCGUGUCAAUCAUAGAUGUUUACAAAGAUGGUAUAAGAGGGUUUGCUGAAUUUGCUAAAUCACAGAUUUUGAACUGAAUGUAAUGAAGCAGUCUUUUGAGUUUGAAGACUUUCUCAUAUAUAUUUUCAUAUAUAAGCCAUGUGUGUCUGUGUUUUCAUUAAA